GUUGAUCUUGAAUAUCCUGAUAGAUACGGUUGUGGAAAAUGGAAUGGGUCUGAAAAUUUUGUUCCGUUAGUAUAUGAAUUAUCAUCCGCAUUAAAAAUCAUUAAGAAAUCACUUUCAAUAACCGUUGGAAAUAACCCAAUCAAAGGGUUAAAUAUUAGUUCAACUGAAUUCAUUGAAUUCAUAAAUGUCAUGCCAUUUCGGCAAAAUGAAAUAUCUAACAAAACCGGUCCAAGUAUCACGCUUGAUCAAAUAUCGAUUAUCAUGGAUGGUUGGAGUAAAAUUAUGGAUCCAAAAAAACUUAUUCUAGGUGUUGCGGUAUAUGGUGUUGUUGAAUUUACUAGGCCAAUUGAAGGUAGUCUUGAGAAUAACAACACAGUUCCGCUUGAUACUACUGUCGAUAUUAAAUCUUCUGUCUUUGGUGCCAUAUUCUCCUCGGAUGAAAGUGCAACAGUUUCUUAUUAUGACGUAUGCUCCUUUAAAGAAAUCUAUUAUCUUAAUGUGGGUUCUUGUCAGGCAAUUAGAUCGAAAACUGGUCCAUUAUCAAGUUCUUGCACUGCACAAAACGGAUGGACUCGAGUAUUUGAUUCCAAUGUUAAAUCCACAUAUCUUUUUAAGGUUUAUAAUACCUCAGUAGUGGUAGGUUCUCCAAAUCCACUUACCACGUAUUAUUAUGUUACUUAUGAGGAUUCCCAAUCAAUUCAACAUAAGUUAAAGUUGAUAAUAGAUAAAUCAUACGGUGGGAUUGCACUUGAUGGUGUAGGAAUUGGUUGUGAGGAUAUGAUCAGAGCAGUUGAAUCUAUCUUUCCGCUCAAUGGGUAUAAUCCUCCUAGUACUUCUUCUGAAGUUAAUCCUUUACUUGCUGCCCUCGUUGCAAUAGCGUGUUUGCUCUUUUGUUGUGGCGGAGGAGGAGUUUAUUAUGACAAGUAUGGACGUAAGUACUGGAGA